UGGUAUAUGUUUUUCUCAGAAUAAAAUUUGUUUAUAUUUUGCUAGUUAUGGAGAAGCUCGUUUUGUUAAAAGAAGUAUUUGAUUUACUUUUUAAUGAUAGUGAAGAAGAAGAAAGUGAUAAUGAUAUUAGAGUGAUUAAAACACCUUUUAAAAAAUGUAGAAACUAUGUUGGUUCUGCAGUUGCUAAUUUACCUGGUCACAGUUCCGAACAUGUUCCUAGCAGCAAUCAUGAGGAUUCUGUAGCGGUCAAUGGCCAAGUGAAAACAAAUAAAAAUUAUGUAGAGCAUAUAGUACCAAAAAUGCCCGAUAAAAGCUUUAAAGAGCACUUUCGUGUAGAACCUGAAGUAUUUGAAAUAAUCUGCAAGGAUAUUUAUCCAUUCUUGUAUAAAAAAUAUGGGCCGGGACGAAAUGCCCUUAAACUAGAUAAGCAGGUAUUAAUGACUCUGUGUUAUUUAGGGAAUAACGAAGCAUUACGAUCAAUAUCAGACAAAUUUAAUGUUUGUACAUCAACGUCAUGGAGAAUUGUUUCCAACGUGUGCAAUGCCAUACUUAAAUUGAAUGAAGAUACACAUAUAAUUAAGUGGCCAAAUCGAAAAGAAGCUGAAAAUACUUCCAAACAUUACUGUGAUAUUUACAAUUUACAAGAGUUAAAUUUUCUUUUAGGCGUUAUAGGAUGUAUAGGCAGUUGUCUUAUUAAAACCAGAGCCCCACUUACUUCUAAGAAUUCAUAUAAAAAUAAAGAUCGAACUCACUCUAUUCCGCUACAAGCAGCCUCAAAUGAAAAAAUGGAAUUUAUAUAUUACUAUGUGGGCGAGUGUGGUUCUUUGGAUAUUGCUUCAUUAAUGGAAAAAUCUGAAUUGGAGUACCAAAUAAACUCAGGUACGUAUAAAAUAACUAAGGAUCAGCAUUUAUUAGGUGAUAGCGCUUAUCAGCCAAGGACUUGGUUAAUAACUCCGUAUCAAGAAAAUGAAGGUGUCGAAUUGACCGAUGGGCAAACAUUUUUCAACACAAUGCACUCCGAAUGCCUCGGAGACAUUAAUCGUUCUUUCGUUCUACUCAAAGAACGAUUUCAACGGCUUCACUACAUAGAUAGCCUAACGUCUUCUACAAUAAAAAAAUUCAUUGCCGUUUGUUGCAUUUUGCAUAAUAUCUGUCUGAAAAACAGCGAUAUUUCAGAAGAAGGCAUAGAAUAUCAAGUUGAUGAGUAUGAAAAUGUAUCGCACAGAAACAAGUAUGAAACGGAAGCAGUAACUUGUAAAAGAGACUUACUAAUGAAUUUAUUAUAUGAAUAAAAAUUAACUUAAAAAUAGUAUACAAUUAUUCUACAAUUAAAAAGUGUAUGUGAUUACUUUGAUUA